GAAACACUUUUUAAAAUCCGACCUUCCUUUAGCCAGCAUGAGCAGGAUCAGAGGUACACUUCAGUAAGUUACUUUGCCCUUUAAUGUGGACCAAGUGUUUAAACAUAUGAGGACGACUUCUAGAAACGCACUCUCGCUUUUGUUUUCAUGUUUGUCUGGCGCUCCAUUCGUAACGUUAUACCAGAAAGCGUUAAAUUAUUAGCAUAACAUUAGCAUUAGCACACACCUAGUGCAAUGUCAACAGCUCCAGAGGUACCGACAGGAGGAGCCGAUGCCCCCUUGUCUAAACCCAGCCAGAUGUUUAAGAACUGCUGGAGCUGUCGGCUCAUCUCCGGGGGGGGGCUCGUCCUGUCCGGAGCUUAUGUGUUCAAUGCAGCCCGGAGAGUGAUGCGGCAAGGUGCGCCUACCUCUGCUGGCACAGUGGCACAGAUUACAUUUGCUGCUUGUCUGGCUGCAUGGGGAAUUGUCAUCAUCGCUGACCCGGUAGGAAAAGCGCAAAGGAAGACAUGAAGCCUGCUGAGAAACGGCAUCAAUAGCUAUCUCAAACAUGGACUGCAAGACAAAAUUCAUGUACCAUAUGACACAGAAGAAGCUGCUCUUGAGUUAUGUUGCGUUUGCAUUAUUGUCACAGU